AAGAGGGCGGACUUCCCUCCUCGGCUUCUCCUGCAUUGGCCGAGAAAACUCACCAAUAGGGAGCUCCGGGAGGCGGGCUUAGAACGCCACCGACUCGAGGAAGCCCAGUACAUUUCAAGUUGGCCGCGGCUUGGGCUCCGCGCGGGGGAGGGGCAGCAGGUUUUUUCACUGGAUCUCUGAAUACCGAGGCCCCCUCCACCAUGGCCAGCCGGGGUGGGGGCCGGGGUCAUGGCCGGGGCCAGUUGACCUUCAACAUGGAGGCCGUGGGCAUUGGGAAAGGGGAUGCUUUGCCCCCACCCACCCUGCAGCCUUCUCCACUCUUCCCUCCCUUGGAGUUUCGCCCAGUACCUUUGCCCUCAGGAGAGGAAGGGGAAUAUGUCCUGGCACUGAAGCAGGAGCUACGAGGAGCCAUGAGGCAGCUCCCCUACUUCAUCCGGCCAGCUGUCCCCAAGAGAGAUGUGGAGCGUUAUUCAGACAAAUAUCAGAUGUCAGGUCCGAUUGACAAUGCCAUCGAUUGGAACCCUGAUUGGCGGCGUCUACCCCGGGAGCUAAAGAUCCGAGUGCGGAAGCUACAGAAGGAACGGAUUACAAUUCUGCUCCCCAAGAGGCCCCCUAAGACCACAGAAGAUAAGGAGGAAACAAUACAGAAACUAGAGACCCUGGAGAAGAAGGAAGAAGAAGUAACUUCAGAGGAGGAUGAGGAGAAAGAAGAAGAAGAAGAGAAGGAAGAGGAGGAAGAAGAAGAGUAUGAUGAAGAAGAACACGAAGAGGAAACUGAUUACAUCAUGUCAUAUUUUGACAAUGGAGAGGACUUUGGUGGUGACAGUGAUGACAACAUGGACGAAGCUAUAUACUGAAGAAUGACUCUGGACCCUCGUGUCUUUCUUUAGGAUACAGAGAGUAACUCCCUAUUAUUUGUUUUUUCAGACAAGCAAAUCAUUUGGUCAGAGUUCAUAUAAUCUGUCUGGUCCCUGGAGAUGGGAAUAGAGGAUGAUGACAAUUUAUUUUCUACGCUUCCCCUCCUUCCACAUUUGUAUCACCUUUGCUAUCUUGGGGAAAGUGCAAAGGACAAACAUCUCGAUUGUAUGAAGGAAGAAAGGAGAAUUGAAAGAAGAACUGGGGUUGUUAGAGCUGAGAUGACUGUACACAUAUCCCUGCCCAAUUUGUAUAGCUCUUUGUGGAGAUAAUUAGGGGUGGGAGCAGUUUGAAGGAGUAAGCCUGGUUUUAUACUUUUAAAUAAAGUGUUUUUAUCUCUC